UCGGCAGUUUCCUGGAUCAUCCGCUGGGGCGGUUGGAGAGCUUGAGAACCAGUGCCUCCUAUGCGUAUACAGCCAAGGCAAAGUCCGGGGCUAGAGUAUCAGUCAGCCACCAGACGGGAGAUGUUGUGAUCCCAGCUAACAGGUAUCCUCUGCUGGUUGAAAUGUCUAUGAUUUUAUCUGCGUCAGUCAUUCGUGUCAGAGAUGGGCUGCCGCUUUCUGCUUCUACUGACUAUGAACAAGGCACAGGCGUGCAGGAGUGCAGGAAGUAUUUUAAAAUGCUCUCAAAGAAACUUGCUCAGCUUCCUGAUAGAUGUACACUGAAAACUGGACGUUAUAACAUUAAUUUUAUUAGUUCUCUGGGAGUGAGCUACAUGAUGUUGUGCACUGAAAAUUACCCGAAUGUUCUGGCCUUCUCUUUCCUGGAUGAGCUUCAGAAGGAGUUCAUUACUACUUAUAACAUGAUGAAGACAAAUACUGCUGUCAGACCAUACUGUUUCAUUGAAUUUGAUAACUUCAUUCAGAGAACCAAGCAGCGAUAUAAUAAUCCCAGGUCUCUUUCAACAAAGAUAAAUCUGUCUGACAUGCAGAUGGAAAUCAAGCUGAGGCCCCCUUAUCAAAUUUCCAUGUGUGAACUGGGGUCGGCCAAUGGAGUCACAUCUGCAUUUUCUGUUGACUAUAAUGGUGCUGGUAAGAUUUCUUCUGCUCACCAGCGACUGGAACCAGCAACUCUGUCAGGGAUUGUGGCAUUUAUCCUCAGUCUUUUAUGUGGAGCUCUGAAUUUAAUUCGAGGUUUUCAUGCCAUAGAAAGUCUUUUGCAGAGUGAUGGUGAAGAUUUUAAUUACAUUGUUGCAUUUUUCCUUGGAACAGCAGCCUGCCUUUACCAGUGUUAUUUACUUGUCUACUACACCAACUGGCGGAAUGUCAAAUCUUUUUUGACUUUUGGUUUAAUCUGUCUGUGCAACAUGUAUCUCUAUGAACUGCGCAACCUGUGGCAGCUUUUCUUUCAUGUGACUGUGGGGGCGUUUGUUACACUGCAGAUCUGGCUCAGGCAAGCCCAGGGCAAGGCUCCUGAUUAUGAUGUCUGACACUAUCCUUCAGACAUGUUGCCCUGGCUCCCGGGGAAAAAGGAAGAGGGAGCAUAUCUUAACUGCCACUGUGAUGAAGAAACUGUUCCCCACAUUCGAGAAGCUCUGCUUUCUUUCUGUCCAACCGUCCCGUUUGUUUUAAGUCAGCAUGGCGUGCCUGGGAGCGUGCAGUACCUGCUAGGCAGACUCCUCAUGUUAGCCGUGAGAUGAUGAUUCAGAGGAGGAGGAGACUUCCCUCUACAGGGCCACGACAGUGGAGGAACGGUCAGAAGCCAUUGGAAGAAUUGGCCAGCGGUCCGGAAUCCUUCUGAAGAGUUCGAUCAAAACGUGUGUGGUACAUGCUCUGAGGACCAAGCGGGAACUCUGCAGCCUGGGUUCGCCUUUGUGAGACAUAAGUAGAGCCUAAAUAAAAAGAUGCCGUGGAGUUUAUGUUUCAGACAACUUGCUAAAUAUCCGAUUAUUUGCACAUUUCUGGUACCAGGAGUUUAUGAAGUCCAGGAUGGUGUGGAAUUGGUUCUUUUUCCUUUUAUAUUUUCGCUUGAAUCUAAUCUGGAAACCACUUGAUACAGGAGAAGGCUUUUUUGAGCUUAUCUCUAGAACAUCACAAGUAUUGAAAACACAGUAACAUAUGUUUCCUUUCUAGACCAUGUUUGUAGUUCCUUUUGAAAUUACUUUUUAAACAUGUGAUUUGUUAGAUUCUAUAGCCAUUGUGCCCCAUACUUCAAUCACUUGAGUAUUACCUAUACUGUUAUUUCUUAGUAUUUAUCUUUUAAAUCUUCAAAUAGUUUAAAAAACAAACUAAUCUCUACUCCGAGAGGAAAACCAGCAUCGAUUUAGCAGGAAUAACUACAAAAUAAAACAAAAGAUGUUAUUAAAUUCUAACUAGAUCCUAAUGCCUCCCGAGGCUCUGAAUCCAAGAAGCCUGCUUGGUGCAGUGAGAUAGAUGUUACCCAGCACCAAAAUGGGGUGCUUUCUGUGGCAUUAUCAGAAGGAUGAAAUUGUAAAGGGAAUGACAUUUUCACUGUGAUUCUGUAUUAUUUACUGCUGUGUUGUGUACCACCUUAAAUACUCUUGUGUGCUACCAGUGGUGUGAGUCCUGCUCUGUGGAAACACUGAACUGUACUGAGAGAAUCAGAAGGUAACUUCUUCCAGCAGCUCUUACUAUUUUGUGUCUUUGAGGAGUUCAGCUCCUAGUAUCUUUUAGAGAAUUUGUUUGCUUUUUGAUAACAUUAUAAAGGUUGUUCAAGCAGUUAUGAAUUAAUAAUAUAGGAAGCACAGUUUGAUUCCAUUAGCAAAAUCUGCAACUCUCCUGGUUUUGGAAGGUAACUUCAUUAAUGAUUUUCUUUUGUUUUGAAAGAAAAGAUUCCAAGCAAAGUAUAUAUAAGGUACUAAAAUUUGAUACCCAGAAGACGGUGAACCCAAUACGUAUAAUUCAUGUUACUAAGUGUAUUUAUUAAGCAGAGGAAUCCAGAGUGGUAAAGUCAUUGAACCACCACGUUUGCCUGAACCUGUAUAUGCAGAUACGUCUGCAACUGUAAAAUCUUGCUUAACUAGAACCUUUUAGGAGAAUGAGGCAAAAGGAAGACAAUAAGCUUGUAAUGUCAGUGAUUUAAUUAAAACGGGAAAUUCCAUUUCAGUUUUCUGACUCUAACAAAACCGCACAGAAAUUAUGUAUUUUCUGAGAACUACCCCAAGAGAUAUACUACAUGAUCCUAAAUCAGCAAAAUAAAGUUGAUUUAUGUUUGGCAUUUUGUACUUACUGAGCCAGGAGAGUGAAGUGGUUCAGUUUAGAAAAAUUUUUCUGAACUAAUGGUUAAAACAGGAAGAGUUUUCUUGUAAAUAUCCAGUUAACCAAGAAGUUGGAGCAUUCUGCGAUUUUGCUAUAUAUUGAUACUUUAUAGCUCUCUUACCAGUUGGUUCAGUUUGGUUCUCCAUAUUACUGAAUUAUUGAAUUAUAGUGUUUGGUGUUUGGAUCAUUCAACAAGGACACUUUAAAACUCACCAGCUGUCUUUAAAGGCUUAAUUUGUUUUUUGUUUUUGUUGUUUUUUCACCGCUAUUUUGGAUAAUGGGAUGUUUACAUCUUAGUGUAAAAAAUGAAAAUAGGCAUAAAUAAUGUUUAUGUACAGAAAUGCUUUCUUUCAUUAUUUGGUGUCUGCAUCGCUGAGUGUUUAUAUGACUUCUCUGCCUCUAUCAUGUUGUUGCC